GGGGCGGGGGGGGGUCCGGGCUGGGCCGCGGCUCGGCGGGAGCCGUUCCGCUUCACCUUCCUGAAGCUCCCCUCUCGCCCUGGGCCGGUGCUACAGCAGCUAUUGCUGUCCGUCGUAACACGCCUGAGGUUUCCCGGAGCGGAGGGGCUCUGGAGCGCUGGGUGAAAGGCGAAAUUGUGCGAAGGGGAACUAAGUGAUCUGCAGAGAGAUCCACCGGCCCACUGUUCUGCUGGACCUGUUGGAGAUGACUUGUUUCAUUGGCAAGCAACAAUUAUGGGACCUAUUUGUACAGGUCACAAAGAUGUUGUGUGUUUUAAAACUCCCUGAUGUCACCAUGAUCAACUGAAUUAUGUUGGAAAAUCCUACUCUUUGCAUCUGCAAAGAGAAACCACUUCUUAAGCCUGAUAGUGCAUAUCAAGGGGGAGUAUUUUUUCUCACAGUACACUUCCCAACAGACUAUCCUUUUAAACCACCAAAGAUUGCUUUUACAACAAAAAUAUACCACCCAAACAUAAACAGUAAUGGGAGUAUUUGUCUUGAUAUCCUGAGAUCACAAUGGUCACCAGCUCUGACUGUAUCUAAAGUUUUAUUGUCCAUAUGCUCCUUACUCUGUGAUCCUAAUCCAGAUGAUCCUUUAGUACCAGAUAUUGCACAGAUCUACAAGUCAGACAAGGAAAACUUUUGUCCACCUGCUCACUUAAUGGUGAUUUCAGCUAUUGUGCCUCCUGUUUGACGGAAGCGAACAAGGGAUAUUUCUGUAUCUCAAAAACUUGAAAUUUAAUCAUUGCUAGAUAAAGUGAGAGAACAUAUGGUCUUGACUAAAGCUUUGUAUUCUCUGUACUGAUCACCUAUUAAUUUUUUUUAUAUCUUGUAUUGGAUUUAGGACAUGAAAUAUAUGGCUUGUUACCCCUAAGCAUUUAUCUAUGGGUAUUUAAGUAGAAGUAAAAAUUCAGACUUGUGUGGUAGCAUAUUCUUAAGAAGAAAACCAAUCAGAACAUGAGUUGUUAUACUGAUCUUAAGAAACAGGUUUAAAAACUUGUUAGCGUUUUCUCUGGAGGACCCAGAAGAAAGUGAAUCUAGUCUGAAGAGUGGAAUGGAACAGAUGUAAGGACCAGAGGGGAAGUUAUUGAUUCCCUAAGGACAUUUAUCUUUGGGAUUGCUAAUCAGCUUCAUACCAGAAGGAAAAGACCCAAGACUUAAAAUCUUUUAGUCAAAGAUGCUUUUCAGAAAAUUUUCCUUUCAAGUUCUGAAAUGCAGAUGGCAGUGCAGAAUGGAGAAUAAAAAAAAAAAAACAAACAAACCCUCACUGUGCCUUCUAUCCCUGCCCUUUCCAAAACCAGUGAAUUAUACUGAAUUUUAUGCAACUAAAAUGUGUGAAUGUAGUCAUACUUUUAAUAGCAUACACGUUUAGGAAUAAUUGACAACAAAUUCCUGUUAAGGAACAAAUAAGGGAACCAGUUGUGAAAUAUAAGUUAAAUAUGCACAGUAAUACAAACCUGUGAGACUGGUUUUGAGUCUAAAUAGCUUUGAUAGGUAACCUUAGAAAAUGAACAUACAGAGGGCAUAUGUUUCCUGGCUUUUAGACUAUUUUAACAUUAUUUGAAUCAGUGCUAAGGGGUGAAAAGCUCAAUAACAUCUAUAUUAAGUAAAUAUGUGGCCAUUGUCCAUGUUUCACUAACAGCUCUUCCCUGUAAUGCCUUCUUUCUGCAC